GAACAUGUGUCUUGGCGUUGGCAACGACGUGAGGCCGAUCCAGGAGCACUGAAAUCAGUUGGGCUUGGCCGGAGCGAUGUCCGAACUAUAACGCAGUCAUUAUCUGCCCUACUAAACUUUAUAACCAAAUAUAAAUGCAGCUGAACAAAUAUCUCUACCUGCGCUUCUGUUGAGGACGCUUCUAAAGGCUCAGUAUGGCAGGCUGUGGAGAAGUGGACUGUAAGGUGAAUGCACUGGCUCCUACAAAGCUGAUAGAGGAAGUAGGAGAUACUCCAGACCCCUCCAGUUCCACCGGCCCCCCGGAGUGUGCCAUCUGCCUGCAGAGCUGCAUCCUCCCCGUAUGUCUCCCAUGCCGCCACGUCUUCUGUUUCCUGUGUGUGAAAGGUGCCUCCUGGCAGAGCAAGCGUUGUGCACUCUGCCGACAAGAAAUCCCCGAGGACUUCCUGGAGCGGCCGGUUCUCCUCUCGCCUGAAGAACUGAAAGCAGCCGCUGCAGGCGUGAGCCGAGGCGUAGGUACAGCGGUCAAUCCCCCUGGAGACUCUGCGUGGUACUAUGAGGGGCGCAGCGGCUGGUGGCAGUUUGAUGAGAGGACCAGCCGUGAGCUGGAGGAGGCUUUGUCCAAGGGCAGGAAGAGCACAGAGAUGCUGAUUGCUGGGAUUCUUUAUGUAGCUGACCUGGAGAACAUGGUGCAGUAUCGCCGGAAUGAGCACGGCCGCAGGCGCAAGAUAAAGCGUGACGUUGUAGAUAUUCCCAAGAAGGGAGUCGCUGGACUGAAGUUAGACCCCGAACCUGCCCCCAUUCCUGCACCCAUUCCUGCCUCCAUUCCUGCUUCACCAGUUAUCGCCCCAGCUGCACCUGAACGCGUCAGCUCGGCUGAUGGAUCGGACACUGCAGGCCCAUCACAGUCUUCAUCCCUUGGGAUUAUGACAUCUAUUCCCCCUGUUAGACCUCCAACGCUGCUGGGGCACCAACUUGUCAGUCCUCUGUCUCCCUCUCCCUCACCCUCACCUUCAACCCUGGACGAGUCUUUGUCCCAGCUCCUAAUCAGCCAGCCAGAAGGCGAAGAGGUGGAAGGAGACAAUGAGCUACAGACGUACGAGUAUGCGUCCGGCAGCAGUGAGAGUGAGGAGGAAAGGGAGUGCGAGGGAGUGACAACGGAGUCGGUGCCACGGAGAAGACGCAGGCCGCUGAGAGAGAGCCAGCCAGCCAGAACGCCGCCAAGGGGCGGGCCCUCCAGCUCUGCACUAAGUCUCCGCUCCCGUAGUCCUGAUGGACAGUGCACUGUGACAGAAGUGUGACUGCGACAGUGGGAUCUGUUCUUCAGAAGAACUUUCAUCAGUUCAGCAAAAAAAAGUACCAGUAUGCAUCUUUAAAGGUCCAUUGAAAUGAAAAAUACCCCGUGUUGUUACUUAAGUGCAUCCCACCAGCCCCAUCGAUCAUGUGCCAAAUAUGAGCCAUCUAACUGAACGUGAUCUACAGCAGUAACUAGCAUUAGCAGCAAUGACGUGGGUCACAGCUGUCUGCUUGGAUGUUAGUUUGCAAAAUCAUCUCACCUGCUAACAUGUAACUACUUAACACUUGUGAUAAACUCUUGUUCACCUCUGUUGUCUUCCACCCAGUGUUGUGUUUUCAUUCAGAAAUGCCUAAGACCAACAGAAAAUGUACUACAUUAAAGCCAUUUCAAUGGACCUUUAACAUAUGAACUGAAGCCUUUUGUUGAAGACUUUAAAAGUUAGUUUGGUAGUUAUGCAAUACACAGGUUAUUCAGUGAAGGAGAAGAAGCAACUUCUUUGUAACGGUUGUCCAAAAACUACCAUCUCGCACUGCCUUUACACCAGUUUGUGACAUAGCAAUACAACCUCUUUGAAAUGAAACCACAUCCUCUUUGUUCUCUAAUCUUUUGACGUCAUGGUUAACGUGACUGAUAUUUGUUUGAUUGAUGGUGUAAAAAUCAACUUAAAUGCAGCACCUUACAUCCCAAUUAUGGAUGGUUCAAAUGGCUGUUUCAUGCUUUGCUGAUGAGUUUUUUUGAAGUUAAGAUUAAUCAGGACCUAAUGAAUAACUAUUUAAACUGGAGUUUGUGUGUAUAUGUGUGUGUUAAAUCGUCUAUUUUUAUUGUUAAAGUCUUGUUUUAAUAAUGGUGUGUGUUUGUGGGUGGUGUUAGGUACUGGAGAGCUACUGGCAGAACCACUGGAAACUAUCGGGCUAUAUAUGUAGAGAGACACAUUUGGAUUUCUAUUUCUUCUCAUAGUACUCUCAGUAGGACUACUAUCAGAGCAGUGGCAUUGACAUGUACUUGAACUUUAUCCGCACUCACACGCUCUGUUUUUCUCCUUUUUUCCCCCAGCUGCUAUUAUUUUAACUGUCCACUUUUCACUCUUUGUGUCUGACUGUCUGAUUUACGUAAACAAACGUCUGUCUGUGUGGUGUCUUGUCAAAUUAUUAAAGGUGUUCAUUUAAAAUCUGA